ACCGUGGCAAAACAAAAACAACUCGAGGCCCAGCUGCGAAGCGAGCUGCGCAGUACGAUGCGAGACUAGACAACGAAGAAGUGCGACGUAGAUUCGGUGCAAAGUGAAGGGCUGGAUGUGUGAGCGGGUGCUGGUGAAGGGCUAGGGCUUGGGAAGCCAGUUGGCAGGUGUGUUUGAGUCAAGCCUUUGCUGGAGUCCAGCUCGUCCAGGUCGUGAUCCUGUCCGUCGGCCGAGGCGUGACGCGUGACGCUCGCAACAUGAUGGACGAAGAGGUUCUGAACGGCAGCGACGGCGAGGCGGUGGAGGACGUCGGCCAAAAUGGCGAUGCCGCCGCCGCCAGCCCCGGCAAGAAGACCAACGGCAACGGCGUGGAGGAGAAGGGCCUUGCCUCGGCCGAGAGGAUCAAGAUUAAGGGCAAGAGGAACGUGCGCUCCCUCGCCAAGGAGGUGUCUGGGGCGGUCGGCGGUGUGGUGCACCCUGUCAGGAAAUGGAAGAACAGCCGGAGGUCGCGGAGCGGCUUCAGCCGCGGCGCCCCCAAGAAAGGUGGAGCAGGAGGCAAGGGCGUGUGGGGUCAGUUGGGUUCGGAGUUGCAGGAAGUGGAUGAGGACAUGAAUGACCCUAACUAUGACAGUGAUUCCCUUGAUAAUGGUGAUAUUGAAUUAAAAACUGUGAUUCCUCAGGCAUCUGAUGAAGAAUUGCAGAAAUUAGUGGAGCCCAUCAUUUUGGAGUAUUUUGAAAAUGGUGAUGCUUAUGAGGCUAGUCUUGCCCUUGAUGAAAUUAAUUGCGGAUCCAAACGCUACAUGAUUGCACAGAUCAUCAUUGAAAUGGCUAUGGACCACAAACCAUCUCACAGGGAGAUGACCUCUGUUCUGAUCUCAGACCUUUAUGGUCGCAUUCUUUCUCAGAGGGACAUCUGUAAAGCAUUUGAUGCUCUCUUGAAGAAUUUACCAGAUCUCAUUCUGGAUACACCUGAAGCUGCCACUGUGCUUGGCAAUUUCCUUGCGCGUGCCAUUGCUGAUGAUUGUAUUCCACCCAAGUUUAUUGAAACUUUGAAAGAAAAGGCUGACACCGAAAAUGCAAAUAAAUCUCUGUCCAGAGCUGAGACCCUGCUGUCUAUGAAGCAUGGACUUGUGCGUCUGGAUAAUGUUUGGGGCGUUGGUGGAGGCCUGAGGCCAGUUAAGUACCUGAUUAGACAAAUGAACUUGCUUUUGCAAGAGUAUUUGUCAUCUAGUGAUCUGCAGGAAGCUACUCGCUGUCUGCAGAAUCUGGAAGUGCCCCACUUCCACCAUGAGUUGGUGUAUGAGGCUGUGGUGAUGGUUUUGGAAGCCAUAAACCACCACACUGAUGAAGCCAUGUGCAGGCUUCUGAAAUCCCUUUCCAAUGCUAUCAUCAUCACUGACGAUAUGAUGGAAAGGGGCUUUUUGCGUGUUUAUGAAGACAUGCCGGAUAUAUGCCUUGAUGUGCCACUUGCGUACACUGUACUUGAGCGGUUUGUUGAACGCUGCCAGAAAGCUGGUUUCUUGAAUGACACCAUCGUGAAAAAGAUGCCAACCCGAGGCCGCAAACGAUUCGUCUCUGAAGGUGAUGGCGGCCGUGUCAAGGAUCACAAUUUCCAUUAAAAGAUUCCUGCACAAACCUCUGGUCUUCAUGUUUAUGAUAUUUUUCACCAGUGAAAACUUGUUUCUGUUUUAGUUGUUUUUCUUUCCGGUAUGGUGCAUACCAGUAUCCUGUACUUCCUGCUCUAUUCUUAUUUUUGGGUCAGAAUAUUUCAAGGCCAGAGACACAUGUAUUUGCAUUUAGUAUGUAUUACUGAAUGUCAGAGCCAUUCAGCCUAUUUGUUUUGUCCAUAUUUUCUUGGGCUUUUCUGUCUUGUUUUUCCCUAAUCUUUGCUGGAUUUGUGAAGUGAUUUUUCAUUACCUGUAAUGAUUGUGAUUGGCCUUUGGAAGUUGUCAUUAUAGUAAUUUCUAUGUAGAUGUUGGUUUGUUGAAUGCAGGCCUUUAUGCUUGUUCAGUCUUUCUUUGGAUAUGAAUAUGAAGUGUUGGAACUAUCAAGUUUAACUUUCAACAUAGUAGUUGUUGAUUCUCAAGUCAUUUAGUCCAACUCUCGGAACUUAUCUAUGUUCUUUACUCUUGUUAUCAUUUUGAGGUGACAUUGGCAAAGGUGACUUUGGUGCUCAUGGUCUGCCUCAGCUAAUGUCUUUGUCUAUUUCUAAUUGCUUUUAAACGGAAUGAUGUUAACAGCUUUUAUGCACCUUUUGUGCAUUUUUUGAAAAUUUUGAUUGUGUAAUGUGUACUACUAAUCAGUGGAUUGAUGAUGAAUGGGAGGAAAAUAAAAGUACAACUGAUAAAAGCA